AUGUUUAGUAGUAAAAGUUCAGAAUUUAGUAUUUUAACAGAUUUAAAUGGCUACAUUCAACAGUUAUUAGACAUUACUAAAUCAGAAAAUGAUGGAGUCAAGGAAGAAGAACAAACUAUGAUUCAAGAUCGAAAUCCAUCGCUACUAAGAAUUUGUUAUUGCGUUGAAAAAAUUUUAAGUAACGAGUUAAAAGAUGUCAAUUUUUUAUCAUCAACAACUAUGUGGGAUUUCUUACAAAAUUUACCACAAUGUUUGCCAGAUACCGGUAGAAAUGUAGAGUUGGCAAAGGAUUGCACUAAAACUUCAAUUGGUAGGGGUAGAGUUUUAAUUCGUUUGGCUUUAAAUGAUGGGUUGCUAGAAGAGUAUAUAUCAUCGUUGUGUUUUAGUGAAGAUGUUUUAAAAUCCUAUUACAAGGAAAAUGCCCUCUUAAGAAAUUCAGAGUUUUUAAUGAUGUUCCAAAGUUUGAUUGCAAUGUUAUCCCAUAUCCAAUUUAGUUUGGCUGUAAAAGAUAAGGAUUUAGAUAAAGCAAAUUAUUGGGAAGAUAUAGCACUAACAUUAUUAACUAAUGUUGAAACUAGGGUGGUUAGAAGAUUCAUUAUGGUACCACAGGAUCAACAAGGUAAUGGUCAACAACAGAGUGAUAAUCAGCCAGUAGAACAACAGGCAGUGGUAGAGGAACCUGCACAAGUGCAAGUAAAAAUAACACAACCAGAGUUGGUAGAACAACCAAUACAGCCACCAGUUAAAAAUGAAGUAAAUCCAGAGCCACCAAUACAAUCAAAUAUUGAGGAUGGUAAGGGUUUAGUAUCAUCCCAUUCUACCUCAUCAUUAAACUUAGAUGAGUUGGAGAAUGUUUUAAGUGAAAUAACUUCAGAUGAAAUACCUUCACCAGAACCAGUGGUACAACUUUCAAACCAAAUAAUACCAAGUUUACCAGACUAUGAAAAAGUUAUUAUCACCGAAAAAGAUUAUCAACAAUGGGAUCAAUUAAUUGAAAAUUUAAUUAAAUCCAAAAAGACAUUAUUACUAGAUUAUGGUGCUAAGGGAUCAGCUAUUACAGUAUCGGAUAGCUGCCUGGAGCCAUUUUGGUUAUCAGUCGAUAGAAUAUUAACAAACGAAUUAAGAAAACCAAACACAAGUUUAUAUUCAAAUCUUUGGGAUACAAUUGUUGGUAUUGCAUCAGUUAUAGAGGUUUCUAAUUCAGCUAAUAAUACUAGAGUGGGUUAUGUCGAUAACCCAUUGGAAAGUAAUGAACCAAUCGAAAAAAUUUAUCAAGAUAAUUCAUUUAAGCGUAUUAGAGCAUUUUAUUUUAGAGCAGUUAUGUCACUUCAAAAUAUAUCAAAUUAUUUAAAACAAUAUUUCUUAUUCAGCAAAGAUAACGAUAGUCAAGGAAUUUUAAUUAGAUUUUAUAAAAAUAAUUCUAUAGUUUUACAAUUCGAUUAUAUGACCAAGUUUUUUAAUUUACUAGAAGAUCUAACUACAAUUGUUACCUUUAGGUUAAGAUGGGAAAAAGAUGUCGAACAACUUCAAUUACCAAAGAAAAUUGUAACAAAAGUUAUAAAGAAAAAAGUUAUUAAAAAAACAAUUGUAACAGUUAAAAAACCACAACCACAACAAGAUCAAGUUAAGGAUGAAGUUAUUCAAGAAAUUGAAGACAAAGAUGAACCAUUAGUACAAGACAAGUUAACAAGUAGCAUUGAUUCAAAUAUUUUAGAUAUUGAAAGUUUAAGUAAUGAUUUGGCAGCAAUAGAGCAAGAACUAAAAGAGGAACAAAAAUCACCAAAAGAAGAAGAGGUAUUAUUAGAACAACAGGUAGAGGCAUCACAAAAUCUACCACAAAAUCUACCACCACCAGAACAGGCUGAACAAGAGUUUAAAAAGGUUGAAGAAGAUAGUAUCAAAUCUGUACCAAUUGAAGAGGUUCUAAGUGAAGAGCCAGUUAAAGCUGAAAAUCAAUCACCACCACAAGUAAAUAUCAUAGAAACAAUUGAAAAUAAUAAUAAUGAAGCAUCAAAAAGAAAUUUAAAUUUAACAUCAAGUAGGGAUAGUGUAGCAUCGGUAGAAAGUAAUAAAGAGGAGCAAUUACAAACACAACUAAAAACUGUAUCAUCAUCAUCAUCAUUAUCAAAUUCAAUUAGUUCAAAUGAAGAGGAGCCACCUAAAACUGUUGAAAGAAGAUCAACAUUAUCUGAAGUAAUGAAAAAAUAUUCAUCUUCAUCCUCACCAUCAUCAUCAUCAAGCUCAAUACAUUCAAGUGAGGAGCAUAAUAAUUAUAGCAACAACAACAACAGCAACAACAAUAACAACAAUGAAGAUGAUAACAAAAAAGUCAAAAACGAUGAAGAUAAAGAUAAUGUUAACUCUGAGCAAUUUCAAAAUUUACUAUCAUCUUUAAAAACAUCUCAAGAGUCAAUUGAAUUUAGAUUUAAAUCAGAUCCAACCUAUUCAUCAUAUACCGAUAGUUAUAAUAAUGACCCAUUUUCAACUUCAUAUAUGGGUAAUUCUAGUUUUACAAAUGAAAAUGAUGCAUUAAAGUCAUCAUCAUUAUCAUCAUCGCUAAUUGACUAUCAAUUAAUUUCAGAAUACGAAACAAAAGAUAAAAAGAAAGUAAAAAAUAGAAAUUUAUUGACAGGUGAAGAUGGACAGAUAUUUAUAAAUACACUCUACAGAACUACUGCUGUUAAGGCAGCAUAUUAUUCACAAGGUGUUUGCCCAGGAUGUCACAUUCAAUUGGAAAAAUUGAGUUAUUUCAAAACUAGAAUAUGCUAUUACACUGGUAAAUACUAUUGUAAUAAUUGCCAUUCUAAUCAAAAAUCACUCAUUCCUGCAAGAAUACUUUGGAAAUGGGAAUUCAAAUUAUUCCCAGUAUCAGAUGCCGCCAAAUCAUAUAUCACUCGUAACCUAGAAAAGCCAUUUGAUAUUUUUCAAUUUAAUCCACAAUGUUUGAACCUCAACCCAAAGCUUCAAAAGAUAUUUUCAAUGAGAGAGAAACUUUUCUUUAUUGGCGAAUAUAUCGAAUCUUGUAGAAAUAAAGCAACUCUUGAAGUUCCAGAAUUGGCUGAUUAUUUUGUCUGCGAUAAUGUUUAUACCUACUCGAUAAUGGAUUUAGAAAAAAUCUAUACAACAAAUAUUUUAGAAUCAACAAUUCAACAAGUCAUGACAAAAUAUAUAGAUCAUGUUACAAAAGAGUGCACUAUUUGUAAAGGUAAAGGUUUCAUUUGCGAAUAUUGUAAUGAUGAUAAUGAAUUAAUUUUUUCUUGGAUGAGUUUAGAUGUUCAAAAUUUUAUUAAGUGCGAUAAAUGUUUAACUCUUUCUCAUAAAAAUGUGCAUCAGAAUCAAAUGACACUUGCCCCAAAUGUUUAA